CCCGGCCUCCGGCUAUAUAUACCCGGCGCGGGCAGCGGCCAUGGCUCCUCACCAAGCCAUCUCUGCCCAUUGCCCAAGCUCCACCAGCAACAUGUCGGACAAGUGCGGCAACUGCGACUGCGCUGACAGGAGCCAGUGCACGAAGGGCAACAGCUAUGGCGUCGUCAUAGCUGACACCGAGAGCCGCUUCGAGCGCCGUGAGGAGGAGGUCGUCGCCGACGCCGGCGAGCACGACGGCUGCAAGUGCGGCGCCAACUGCGCCUGCGGCUCCAACUGCUCCUGCGGCAAGUGAAGCCAUGCAUCCAUAUCCAUGCUGCCGUGCGUAUAAAUAAAAUAAACCGCCAUGCCCGUGUAUACCCUUUAUCGUUGUGCCUAAUAAGAAUCCGUCCCUGUCAUGUGACCAACUCCUGUAGCUACCUCUCUGCUGGAUGCUGCAUGCAUACGGAGCCCUGGGAUCUCGGUUACGUUGGUCUCUCGCUCCCGUGCGCGCGUGCUGUGUACUGGCUACAUAUAGCUUUGCUUCAGGGCGUGUCCUGUGCCAUGUGACGGUGCACCUCUGUUAUGUGCAAUGAAAUCUACUGUGUGGUUUGACUAAGUAAUUCAUUGAA